AUGAUGUUUAUAAUGUUUAUAUUCUUAUUGUUCUAGGCCUGAAGUGGUCCAAGCUAGAGUAUGAAUCAAACUUCAGACUUCCUCUGGCAUACUGCACUUAAGGGAGAGGUUAUUCUAAGUAGUUAUCUGUGACUUGGUGUUAUUUUAGAAGUUGUAUCUUUGGCCUCUUCAAAUGUGGGACUGCCAGUGCUGCAUCCUGCCCUCUCCCUUGUUGCCUAAUUUGUACACGGGCCUCUGUCCCAGCUCUCUGAUCUGACCCCCCUUUUCAAUAUAUUCUGGGCCUUGUACUCUGUUAAUUUAAAGGCAGAGUCAACUAUAUGACGUGGAUGCACAAAGUAAACAGCAUAGUGGGUCAAUUUCCGCAACAACGAAGAGCAUUGGAGCACAAUGCUAAACUUCACUGUUUUGGUCCCGUGGCUUCCACGUUGUAAGCGUGUGAUGCGAACCUUUGCGCAAGCGCAGUUACUGUUUUUAUUUAACUAGGUAAGUCAGUGAAGAACACAUUCUUAUUUUCAAUGACGGGCCUGUUCAGGGGCAGAACGACAGAUGUGUGUACCUUGUCAGCUCGGGGAUUUGCAACCUUUCGGUUACUCGUCCAACGCUCUAACCACUAGGCUACCCUGCCGCCCUAGUUAGACUGUUUGAGAGCGAAGUCUUGCAUCUCACUCAUUGCAAUAUUUUCGUUACUGCUUGUGCAACAUUUCGCUACCUUUAAGUGAAAUGGCAAAGUGCCUGUUUGGGCACUGGAGUCAGUAUUUUAUACUGAGAGGUGGUAGGGUACUUCUCAAAUGAGUUUGCCUUACAGUAUUUUCUGUUAUCUUUCAAACGGGUCAUUUUUGGAUGUCAAGUUAUCUUUAUUCAAGCGUAUCUUGAUCCAUGAAAUGGCCAGACUUGACAUUGUAGAUGUAGCCUAUGCUGUUGCAAAGAAAAUGAACACAUCCAAUCAUAGCUUAAACGAUAGAGAAGACCAUGCUCUAAUGACAGUUUGCUGACAUUGUACUGGUUCUGUCAGUUGCUGUCUAUAGCUCUCCCAGCCUUGUCCCCUGCAUGUGGCAGCGCCCGGGCAAGGGGAGGGGGUUAUAUUUUUAACCGGGACAGUCUGCGCUCGCCGUAAAUGGGCUUUCACGCUCUGUUGCUGCGGCGCACAAAUGCCCAGUCCCUGCUGUUGUUAGUGGCCAUAGCCGGUCCCCUACGAUUCGAGUACAUCAGUGCGAUGAGCUCAAAGGAAGGAUUCAUCUGUCUGACAGCCUGCUGACUGGAAGAAGACGUUCCCAAUGCCAACGACGGAGGUGCUGAUUGGUUCCACAUGCCAACUUUGGACUUUUUGAUUGGUGAAGCACAUUAGGAUAUCUGACUGGUGCCUGCUGUUGUUUGGAGCACACACUAACUUACUGGAGGAGGAAUUGAUUUUUGAACAUCCAUUUAUCCUUUGGUGUCUGAUAGCUGAGAAGUGACGUAGGGAGGGAGUCUCUUGAGGUUUGAGUCAUCAAUGCUCAGGCCAUUGUUAAAGGAGACCUACUGAGACCUUCUGACUAACGGACAGACAGGGAGUGAAAUAGGCAGCAUGGACACUAUCGAGAACCCCGACUUGGAGCCCAGAUCGGAGCGGAUCGCCCGCUACAAGGCCGAGAGGAGGCGGGAGCUGCAAGAACGCUAUGGCAACAUGGAGGAGCUCCCAUCCAAGUGGGUGAGGAGGGAUGGGGCUCUCAUGAACUCAGACAGUGCACCUCCCUCCACAGACAGGACCCUCUCUGGGGGGUUGAAUGGCAGAGCGGGGGGGCCGGACGGUGGCUGGAGGGGCCUCCACUUGGAGAGCAACACCCCUCUGGAGUCAGAACCUCUGAGAUUCUCCAACGGCUUUGAGGCAGACACCGCUGCAGACCCAACAUACCUCCAAAGGAAGUGUUCUUCUGACUCUGCCGGCGUGUUGAGUGGGGUGGAGCCCCUAGCUCCCCCAGGCACCCCUGGACCCGACGCGGCCCAGCUGCAAACGCGGGUGUCGGUGGGCCAGUUGAGGUGUGCCCUGCUGCAGCAGACUGGGACUGGAACACAGCCUGAGAAAGUUCCUGACAGUGGCCGUGCGGCCUCUUCCCUUGACCUGGCUGCAAAGCCGGGCUCGGAGGGGGGACGGCGGCGCACCCGUCGCUAUGUCCCUGGGUUGUCAGGCGGGGGCAGCAAAACCAACGAGCGCUUCAGGACACAGCCGAUCACAGCCUGUGAGGUGCAGGAGAGCGGCGGGCUGCUGGAAGCAGAGGAAGAGGAGAACGCUAAAGCUGAUGUGAAGACAGACGACAGAGCCAAGAUGAGUGUGGCGGCCAAGAUGUCUCUGUUUAAAGAGCUAGAGAAGUCAGCAGCCCCUGAGGCCUCCUCCUUUCUGAAGCCUCGCUCUGGCAGCGUCGCGUAUGAACGCAGAGUACGCCGUGGCAACGAGCACCGCUCACUCACUCAGCCAAUCACCUGUGAGGAGAUGGUUGUGGCCACCAGCACCCCCCAGCCAGGAGAGUCAGGCGAGGCCCAGGCUGUGCAGGCCGAGGCGGAGGCAGUGGAGGACGAUGAGAACAAUAAGCUGACUAUGAGCGAGAAGCUGGCUCUGUUCAACAAGCUGUCCCUGCCAGGGAACCUGGGGGAUGCCGCUCCCCAUGCCCCCACAGAGAGACGCAGGCAGAAGGGGGCGCGCUACCGCACACAGCCCAUCACCGUGGACGAGGUCAGCCUGCUCCAGAAAGGCCCCAUCCGACUGCCCCCGCUGCGCCUGUCCCCCACCCUGUCCGACAGGCAGCAGGAGCGGUCCAUCAAUCUGAGGCCCAGUGAGGUGCGUCAGGCCCAGCCUCAACCCGAUGUGGAGCCUGCCACAGGACCUGACCUGUCCCAGCAGGGCCAGCAGCAGCGCAGGGACUCUGAGCCAGGAGAGAUCAGAGGCAUCCUGAGGAACAGCGCCUCUGGAGCACCAGUAUGGGACCGAGACAGAGACACUAUGUGGGAGGACAGACAGCAGGACCAGGAUGGAGGAGGGGAGGGGGGGAACGAGGUGGAGGAGAGGAGGGCAGAAAGACAUGACAAUGUACCAGUGCCUUGUAGAGAGAGACCAGCCUCCUCGGCCCCCUGGAGGCAGAGGAACAGGAACAGGAGGGAGACGGUGGCCGUGUGUAGCCCAGCCAGGUCCUCCUCAGAGCAGGGUCACCCCCAGGAGGAGAGGCCUUCCCUGGCUGAACAGAGAAAGCAGAUGGACCCCCCUGGGAACACCUCUGGGAGAGACAGGCUGUCAGAUGCUUCCAGGGAGGAGGGAGAGGAGGAGAAGUGGGGCAGGGUGAGAAGAGACACUCCUCCCAGACAACACGUCCAGGUGACCUUGGCGGACCAGAGGAAGGAAGACAAUGAGAUAUCCCAUGAUGCACCAGUCGUCAACCCUCAGUGCUGGGUUCCUGUCUUUUCCUCUGUCUAUUCUAACAGUACACCUCAAUAUGUCAUGUGCUACAAUCAGACCAGCUCUUCCUACGAGGCCCAGGAGGUCUCCUCUCCUACCCAGGUCUGCUCUCAGCCCCAAUGGAGACAGAAGCAGACUAGACCAGUAGAAGCGGAGGAGCUGCCACAGGCGUCGGUGGCUGAGCGCAUGAGAACCCUACAGGACAGCGAGGAGCAGUGGAAGACCAGAGGGAGAGGAGCCGCCAACGACUCAGCCCAGUACACUGUGGCCGGACGCAUGGCGAAAAGAGGUUUGGUGACCCCUGUAUCAGACAUAGACGAGACCCCUCCAUCUCACACUAAGAGACCCUCCACAGGAGCCACAGCAACAGCAUGCCCAUAUGAAGAGGUCUCCAGUCACCCUGGGAUGGAGGUGGAAGAGGACACAAAGCUGGACAAACUGGAUUCCAUUGUGGACAGGUUGAAUACCGCUCCCCAGGACACGCCCCUGGAGGUGACCUCAGUGGGGGAGAAGGAGGUCAUGACCCCUGAUGACCAGGAGACAUGUGGUGGUUUCUGCAGGGAGGUGUCUCCCCACUCACCCUCUGCCCUCCCUGCUGGGGCUGGAGCUGCCACUGGAACUGACCCAGAACAGGACCUGAGUGCCCUCUGCCAGACCAACACACCCAUGCUGACAUCAGAAGUAGCGCAGCACAGGCGGUCGGUGCGUCCUUCCCGUAGGACCCAGGGCUCCCGGAACCCUCUGCGUGCUCUGGCGGCCCGCGAUGACAUCAGACAGGACGUCAUGGGAGAGAGAAUCACCAUGGCUACCGUGAACACUAACAGGACACAAGUGGAGAAGUCAGGUCUGGCCAGUACAGAGGACUUCAGUAACGUCCACCUGCGUGAUGUCACUUCCACAGAAUCAGUGAGGAACAGCAACAACCUGCCCAUCAGCAACCUCAUGCUCAUUCACAUCAAAGGUUGGCAUCAUGUGCAAGUGCGUCUGGUGGAGCCCACAGCCAGGUCUCUGAACAGUGGAGACUGCUUCCUGCUGGUCACACCCACUCACUGCAUCCUCUGGAGCGGAGAGUUCGCCAACGCCACAGAGAAAGCCAAGGCGUCAGAGCUGGCCUCGUUGAUCCAGACACAGGGGGACCUGGGCUGCCUGGCCUGUGAGAUCAUCCACCUAGAGGAGGGGGUCAAUACUGACAACAGCCUGGCCUCUGACUUCUGGAACCUUCUGGGAGGAAAGACACAAUACAGAGGAGCGGGAGCCCCAGAAGAGGAUGAGCUGUAUGAGAGUGGGGUGGUGGAGUCUAACUGUUUGUACAGGCUGGUGGAGAACAGACUAGUACCCCAUGAGCAGGCCUGGGCAGCCAUCCCUACUGUCUCCCUACUGGGAUCCACUGAGGCCCUGGUGUUUGACUUUGGCAGCGAGGUGUACCUGUGGCAUGGGAAGGAUGUUGCCCCUGGUGACAGGAAUGUGGCUGAACAGCUGGCCCAGCAGGUGUGGGGUGGUCCCUACGACUAUAGCAACUGUAGGGUCAACCCACUGGACCCCACACACUGCAACCCCAGCAUACAGCCGCAAGGUGAAAGACGGCCCAACUGGGCCCUGUUUGGCUGUGUCUCUGAGCACAAGGAGACAGCCCUCUUCAGGGAGAAGUUUCUGGACUGGGCUGCAGAUAAGGAGGAGACGGCUGCAAUGGUGGUAGAGGAGGCACAGACUGCCAUGCCAGUGUGGCCCCAGCAGCAGAUAGAGGGUGUGUCUCUGUGUGCGUGCGAUGCCAAGGCGUUGGUGGCAGGGCAGGGGGUGGCGCUGCCAGGGGACGGGGUGGUCUCUACAGUCCUGGAGGGGGUGGACGUUCGGAGGGGGCAUGGGGUCGUACCCCUGGAGGACGGGCGGCAGGUGGAGCUGAGCACUGUUGCCGUGGAUACCUGGCACAUUCAGGAGUUUGAGGACAGCGAGGCCCAGCUGGAGAGCCCAGGGCAGCUACAUGAAGGAGACACAUACCUGGUCCGCUGGACCUAUACUCUCAGCCCAGCGGAUGAAAGCGGGCAGCCUGGGAGGGAGUGCUCUGCUGUCUUCAUCUGGCAGGGCCGGCACUCCAGUAUCAAUGGGCGAGGCGCGUCUGCACUCAGGAGUCAUGAGGGAACACAGGUGAUGGUGCCUCAGGGGCAGGAGCCUCCGUGUUUCCUUCAGCUCUUCCAGGGAGGUCUGGUCAUCCACAAAGGCUGCCGAGCAGACACCACCAACAACACAGGGGUCUGGCGUCUGUUCUGUGUGCGUGGGGAGCUGCCUGAGGAGGCCAGUCUGUUGGAGGUGGACUGUAGCUGUGGCGGCCUGCGCUCCCGAGGUUCUCUCAUACUGCUCAACAGUCAACAGGGGGCGCUCUACCUGUGGUACGGCUGUAAGGUCCACGCCAGCUCCCGGGAGGCGGGUAAGAGGGCUGUGGAGCGACUCACUCAGAUGUGCCCUCCUGAACUGGGCCUCAGCAGUGAUAGCCUUUCGAGGGUGCAGGAAGUGGAGGAAGGGGCGGAGCCUGUGGAGUUCUGGAACGCUAUUGGGCAGCAGGACAGGAAGACCUAUGACUGCAUGCUGCAAGAUCCAGGGAAGUAUAACUUCACGCCACGCCUCUUCCAUCUGAGUGGCCGUUCCGGAACCUUCCAGGGGGAGGAGCUGCAGAACCCUGCACGGUUGCCAGGGGUUGUCAUGGCGAUGCCCUUUGUCCAGGAGAGCCUGUACUUUGUGCCACAGCCAGCCCUGUUCCUGCUGGAUAACUGUAUGGAGCUGUAUCUGUGGCAGGCAGGUGAGCCUGAGGACAGCCAGACCACUGGCUCAGUCUGUAUCCGCUGGGCGAAUGAGAGGAGGUGUGCUAUGCAGACAGUGCUCCAGUACUGCAAAGAGAGGAACCCGAGGCGCCCCCUUCAGGCCUACCUCAUCCAGGACGGAGUAGAACCCCUCACCUUCACCAACGUUUUCCCUCGCUGGGAGAAGAGACCCACACCCACCACACAGGGGGAGGCCGGGCGGGUCAAGCUGACCUUGGUGCAGGACGCCCUGGCCCAGCUCAGUAAGACCCAGUACCCCCUAGAGGAGCUGCUGCAGACCCCUCUGCCCGAGGGAGUGGACCCCCAGCGCCUGGAGAUAUACCUCUCCGACCACGACUUCCAGACUAUUUUGAAGAUGAAGAGAGAUGAAUAUGACUCCCUCCCAAACUGGAAACAAGUCAGCCUGAAAAAAAGCAAAGGACUCUAUUGAAAACCUAAACAAACACAAAAAGAUCCCAUUUUAUUUAUGUCAACAUAUCCCGAGGAGAAAAUGUUUUUGUAUUUUCUAUUUUUAAGAGAAUGAUAUUUCCCGGUCAGGUGAUGACAAAUCGUGUACAGUGUUUUCUUAGUAGCUGUAUUAAAGUUGUGUCUGUGUGUCUUCUUUAAGUAUGGUGCUUUAGGGCCUUAUUCGUUCUCAGCCAAUCGCUCUCGCUUGCAGAGAGACAAGACUGCCUAUACCGUCAAACAGCAGGACAACCAUCCUUAUCCCCAAUCAAUCAACUGGAUCCAUUGUCUUAUUCCUAGAGUUUACAUGAGUGUGUGGUUUUCUUACGGACUGUGGAUUCCCUCAGAAAUGUUGACUAGAAAGAAGAAGAAACAGCAUUACACAUUUUCCUAUGAAACUUUAAUUUACCUGUACAAAUCAAUGGAAGGGGAAAAAAAGAGAAAGGUGAAAAAGGCAGGAGAUAAGGAAACAUCACUAAUGAACGGUGGGCGGGGAGGAGAAAACACAGGAGAGCUUACAUACAAAAGCAAUCAAUUGUAAUAAAACGACGGAAACCAGGAAAAUAAAGGAGUGGCCACUU